UAAUAGGUCGAGUGCUUCGCUACCAGCCAGCCAGUAGUAUCGAGUAUACUACUCACGCCAUCUUGCACUCCUCCGACACCGAGGCAGCUCCAAGCCAUGGCCAUGGAGAAGGCUGCCUCCUCCCUCUUAGGCGGAGGCGGCGGGGAGCCGGCAGCGACUGUGAAAUCUAUCUUCAUAUACCCUAUCAAGUCCUGCAGGGGUCUCGCCGUGUCACAGGCGCUCAUCAUCUCUACCGGGUUCCGGUGGGAUCGGCAGUGGGUGGUGGUGAACGGCAAAGGGCGAGCAUACACCCAGAGGGUGGAACCCAAGCUCGCUCUGGUCCAGGUAGAGUUGCCGCCGGAGGCCUUCGCCGAGGACUGGCAGCCCACGCCCUACGACCACCUGGUUAUCAGAGCACCCGGAAUGGACACGCUGAAGAUACCUCUAGCAGCGGAACACACCACAAUCGAUGAUGUCUCUGUGUGGGAGUGGUCUGGCUCUGCGUACGAUGAAGGGGCUGAAGUGUCUGAGUGGUUCUCCACUUACUUUGGGAAGCCAAGUCGACUAGUGCGCUUCAAAGAAGCAUCCGAAACUAGGCCAACUGAUCCAUAUUACGGCCAAGGCCAAGGUUACAAGAUCAUGUUCACCGAUCGCUUCCCAUUUCUGAUAGCCUCUCAGGGUUCAUUGGACGCACUAAAUGAGAUUCUUAAAGAACCUGUACCAAUGAACCGCUUCAGACCAAAUAUUUUAGUGGAUGGAUGCAACCCAUACUCAGAGGACCUGUGGAAAACCAUAAAGAUAAGGAACAAUUGGAUCUAUACCAUUAAACUGUGUUGAUUAAUUCAGGUGCCAAGCAUUAAUCAAGAGGAUGGAAUACCUGGCACUGAACCAAAUGAAACUCUACAGACAUUUCGGUCCGACCAAGUGCUUCGUCCAAGCCACAAAAAUAAACGACAGGUGUACUUUGGGGUGAAUUUAGUCUGCAAGGAAUCUCUAUCAGGAAAGGACGAAGGAAAGAUCAUCAAGGUUGGCGAUCCAGUUUAUGUUGUGCAGGCAUUCGAUUCUUCUAAUGAAGCCCUAGUCUGAUUCAGGGUUAAAAAUAGUGACAGUGUGUUCAAAAAUCAAAAUAAGUGAGUUUGUUAUGCGCACUGGAGAAACAAAAAUCAGCGGGCUGUUAAAACUGUUAAUGAGACAAUAAAACUCCUGCUGCUGGACAGUAAUUAUGAGUUAGAUGUACCUUCAUCAGGGGUUUAUUUACCUCUAUGAUAUUACAUAGUAUACCUUGUACAUCAGAAUGAUACAAAACAAUAAGUCCCAAAAAGGAAGGUGAGUUAGACGACUUUGUCUAGAUAGGAUGGAAUGGAUGGCUGAUGGAGUCUCUUGUGCCCUAUACAAAAUCAGUGACCCACUGCAAGUUCCUUCAGUUACAUCAGAAAUUCAGAAUAGCAUGUGUACCUCUAGUUUCAAGGAUCUUCCAAAGCCAUUCAGGGACUAUAUCAAAACCAUAUCAGUAACUUAGUGGUUAUUAGUCAAGGCU